AUGGUGGGACAGCAUAGACAGGCAGCGUGGACAUACCAUCACAUCAUGGGAUUUUUCAAGGAAGAGUUCGAGAGGAAGUACUUUCCUGAAGCAAAGCAUCAGUUAGAGCGUAAGUUUAUGAACCUUGUUCAAGGAGAUAGACCAGUGAGGGACUACGAUUCUGAGUUCACAAGGUUGAGGCGACAUGUUUUUGAUGGGCGUGAAGACGAAGGAACUAUGAUCCGUAACUUUAUGUACGGAUUGAAGCCGGAGCUUGGAAGUCUGUUAGCUGGAAGCAACUUUAGCAGUUUAUCUGAUCUGGUGGAGAAGGCUGUUAAUGUGGAGACUGUAUUGGAGGCAGAAAGGAAAGUUACACAACAUUCUGGUGGGCAGACCAAGUUCAACCAAGGAGAAAGGUCAAAUUACAACAAGGGUCCAAGAUUUAACAAAGGCAAAGGGAGAGGAUUUGGAGGCCAAGGAAUUUAUCGAAGUAACUCUAGGGUCUAUUACAUAUGUGGUCAGCCAGGACACAUUUCAAGGUUUUGUCCCAACAACCAGGGGUACAACCAGCGGAGUAACCAGCAAGGUUUCUCAUCAAUAAGGAUAGAAAACAUCACUUGUUUCUCCUGCGGUGGGAAGGGCCAUUAUUCAUCGUCAUAUCCAAACAAGCCAAUCCAUGCGACCCCUCUUGCUAUUCGAACUCCUCCUAGCCGUCCAGCAAUUGAGCCAGCACCAAAGAAGCAACACCUAGGAGGUAGAUUUUAUGCCCUAGGUGUAGAAAACCCUGACAAUGCAGGACCGUCAAGCGGUCCCAUCACAGGAACCAUACAUGUUGCUGUCUUGACUCCCGCAGACCGAACCCUUCAAGCAAGUCAGUGUAUCAAGAAUGUUCCAUUGGUCAUUCAAGGGAAAGAGUUUGUGGCAGAUUUAUUAGUCGUGCCUUUGGAAGGGUACGAAGUCAUCCUUGGAAUUGAUUGGUUAUCGAGCUACAGAGUUCAGAUUGAUUGUGCAAAGGGAAGGCUGUUGUUUGGCAGAGGAAAAUGUCCAGAGAUGGUUUAUUAUGGAAUCAGACCUAGUAUGACAGUGUCACUGGUCGCGGCAAUGAGAGUACAAGAUUUUUUUCAAGACGGGGAAGUGUAUUUGGUAACUUUAUCGGUCAGUGGAGGAGCCACUAACGAUGAAGUGAAGAUCGAAGACAUAAAAGUGGUGCAGGAGUUUGAAGAUAUUUUUGAGCCACUAAAGGAAUUACCUCCACCUCAGAAUAAUCCCUUUACUAUUACUUUGGAGCCUGAAGCAAAACCUAUAGCUAAGGCACCGUAUCGGAUGGCACAUGAGGAGUUGGCUGAACUCAAGAAACAAUUGGAAGAUCUACUAGGAAAGGAAUUCAUCCGAUCGAGUUCUUCACUUUGA